CUGUAGUCAGUUGAACGGUGUUUCCUCCGAUACAAUGGUGUGGCUGGAUUAAGUGGGCGGGUCAUGUUUUGGAGGACGCAUGACUUGACUUUCGCCUCCCGAGCCAGUUGGGGAGUUGCAGCGAUGAGACAACAUCGAAAAUGGGGAUAAAAAAAAUUGCAAUUAUAAUAUAGAAAGGUCCCGGGUAUUAGAGUGAACUCUUAAAACUUAGCCUAAACGUUGGCGCGCAUUGUAGCUCAAUGAAUAUAGAAUGAUUCAGCAAAUGAUUGGGAAACCUUCCUCUACAGCUCCAAAUCUGACAAGCUAGGCUAGCUCCCGUUGAAAUAACGAUGCCGUACACUCUCCACAGCAGGCAAAUUCAGGUAGAUAGUUAGAUCGAGUUCUUCAGAUAGAUAGUUCUUCAGAUGUAAAAGUUCAAGCUCAUCAACAUAGUGUCCGUCUCUCUUCUCCUCUCAUAGCUCGAGCAGAAUCACCCAUUUGAGUGACUCAAAAGUCCCAUGCAACAGCAAUCCCAGAGUUCCCGUGAUUGGCCCAAAAUUAAAAAGGCUUCUUUUUGGCUAAACCAAACCACUUUAAUUAAGUUCAGGUCAAAAUAAUGAAUAGGAUGGCCCAUUAAAGAAUUCAACCAACUUUGAUUCUUGAAUGAUUGACAUGUAGUUUCUUGAAGUUUACACAUGAAAGUAACACAAGGGAAAGGGGGGGUACCUAGUCAGUUGUCAAACUGAAUGUAUUCAACUGAAAUGUGUCUUCCGCAUUGAACCCAACCCCUCUGAAUCAGAGAGGUGCUGGGGGCUGCCUUAAUCGACAUCCACAAGUGUCUGAUGCACUGCAAAACAACAUAGGCUCAACAACUAAAGCUGCUGUAAACAUAGUGUUUCUAAUACAUGGUUCUAACUGUGUAUUACACACAUCAAUUGUCUGGAGGCAAUAUGAAUUGCUUCUAUCCAAUUCCAUGUGCAUUUUACAUGGUGUGUCUUUUCUGGAAGAGCACUAAAAUUGCAAUAAUAAACAUUGGAAAAAUGAAAACAGAUGGGUUUUAGACCACAGCACGUCCGAUUCCAUUUUAAUCAUAGAUAAGAUCUCUGGUUUGGUUAAAAAUACAAUCAUCACAUAGAUGGAAUACCUCAGACAGAACAUUUGUCAUUUGAACACAGUCACGUAAGUUGCAGACAGAACAGGGUUGUGUACCAAAUAGCAGCCUAUUCCUUUUAUGCUGCACUACAUUUGACUAAGGCCCACAGGGCUCUGAUGGGCAAGAGUAGUGCACUAUGUAGAGAAUAGGGUGCCAUUUGGGACGAAGACUAGAAGUGGAAAUGGAGAGAACUGGAAUCACACUGCACAGACAAUUACUCCUUGGCAGAAUGUUUAAUACACUGAUGUAGCUAGCUAUAUGUGUUUGUUUUUUUUGUACUGGGAACAAUGAACCACAACACCCUCCUCCGUUGAGGGAAUGGGAAAGUGAAUCACAUGGUCAGGUCUGCUACAUCCCACAGUGAAGCACAUAUCUAAUGGGUACUUUAUUUACACUGAAUGUGGAAUCCUUUCCAUUGCGUCACCAGCUCUUGACCUUUGACCCUAGCUAACUUCUGCCUGUCACUCCAACAUUAGCACCUCAUCACUUAUCCCAAAUUGGACCCCAAUUGCACCGCAUGUGGAAUGUUGAAUUUGGAAUACUUGCCAUGCCUAAGCUUGAGUUUCAGACCCCUUUUAGCCACCAUUGAAAACCAGAGAGCAUGACAUUAAAGGUUAACAGACCUUACAGUAGUUACCUAUGCUCCAUUGAGUGAGGAACGUCUUGGGGGGGGGGGGAGAGAGAGAGAGCUAAUGAGAGCUCCAGGACAACAGCCUAAGACAGGGAAUCUGAUGCUAACACACAGCUACGUCUUACCACACACAAUUGUUGAUUAAACACUGCCCUGUGGAGGGGAGUUCAGUUCAUCCAACCCCUCAAUGGAAAGCCACACCGCACUGUUAUUGGUUCAGGAAAUCGAGCGCAUUUUCAAAUAGGGCAUUGCGAUAAGCUGCUACUAUUUCACAUGAUGGGGUUAAGGAACUGGCAGCCUCUGUUUGGCCACAAAUGAAUCUGUGUUGACAGACAGGGUACAUUACCAUCCCACACACUGUACGGCGAAAACGUCUCAGACAGUACAGACCCUGAGGAGCUCCUACUGUACUUUCUGUACAAACCACACUGGAAAAAAGGGAAAGACAGAUGCUGCUAGUGAAGAUUCCCAUAUAAGGCCACGCUUCCUCCCAGUCGGUGUGUACAUGCAGUAAUAGUAUGUCUGCUGGCGCAGCCGCACAUUCCUCCAGCUCUGAGUUUUCUCUGGGAGUUUUUCAUUUCCGAUUCGGUGGCUGGUGAGGAGCAGGGCUGCCUUUCAUAAGACUGAGGUGGAGAGUCUGGGGCUUGUGUGAUCGUUUCUUCAAAAAUAUACAAACCCCAGAGUCUAGCCGCUUUCCUGCAAUCCUCAAGUCUGCUCAGUGUUUAGAUACUGACGGAGCAAAAUAGAAUCCCACACCAGGAAUGUAGUACAACUAUGCUUUAAAGUCCAUAGACUAAACCUUAUUAGUGAGGUGAAAGCACAUGGCUAUAAAAAAGUAUGAGAUUAAAACCAGUGAAUAGAACUGAUGAGAGUCUGUUAACUAGACGGUGAUGUGGUUUUAUACUGUACAAACCCCCUUUAUUAAGGACUUGUUGAUUAAAUCCCAAUACCCAUGACUUAUUAUACUUAGGAAGGCUAUUGUAUAAUCUCAUACAAUACAUAUCGUACAUCUGUUUCUCUGUGCAGUAUGUUAUUUUCCAAAUAGAAAAGCAGUCCUGAAGGUGUACAGAGGUUUUAUAACGGUACUGUUUUGUAACGGUGAACUACACUACAGCCCUUCCUUUCAUAAUUAAAUGCACAUGCAAUAAUAGAUAUUUAAAGCCUUUGAAGUCACUAGUGUAAAAUCUAUGUGUGAUGUGCUAAGAGAACAGAAAGGCAGCUAUUCCCAAUAACAGGGGAGGUUUACGGUCUCUCUCCGGGAUACAACACAACCGCCGAUUACACAUAAAAGGGAAAGUUGAGGGAUAGUGCCAAGAAUGCACUUUUAUUUUGAUAUGUGACAGCACUUUGGCUUCAGACAGGAGGAAUGCGAUAUGUCAGGGAGAGCGAGUCUAGGAGGGGGGCAGGAAAUUAGGAAAGAAUGCCAAGAAUGUCCAUGUUUGUCCAGGACUCCAUUCAGCCACUGGCACGUCACUGCAGCCCUGGGUGUAUAAAGGCAGGGAGAGCUCCUAGCUUCAGACACAGAACAACUCCUCAUCCAAGAGAGAGCCACAAGAGCAGCAGCAGCUCUACUACUGAAGCUAAACUCUAGCUUUAACCAAGAGAACUACGAGAACUUAACUGAGAAAGAACCAAAACCAGAAACUUCUUAACAACGAGAUCGACUCGAUCAGACGACAAGCUCCCUGACUACUCGCAAGAGACUAAGGAAGAUUUUUGAAGAGCCUGAAGACUUAUUUUUGUCUAAGAUACUCAGAGAAAAACCCAGAAGAAAAGCAAAAUGUCUGCUGGAAUGAACAUGAGGCUGAUUUCUUUCUUCUGUCUCACUCUCUCCUACCUGGCUGUGGCUCAGGAGUGCAGUGGGCAGUGUAGUUGUCCUGAUGUGCCCCCUCAGUGUCCCCCUGGUGUGAGCCUGGUGCCCGAUGCCUGCGGCUGCUGCAGGGUGUGUGCCAAGCAGAUGGGCGAGCUUUGCACAGACAGGGACAUGUGCGACCCCCACAAAGGACUCUUCUGUGACUUCGGCUCCCCCAUCAACCGCCGCAUAGGAGUCUGCACAGCUAAGGGUGGCGCCACCUGUGUGAUGGGUGGGAUGGUGUACAGGAGUGGAGAGUCCUUCCAGAGCAGCUGUAAAUACCAGUGCACGUGCCUGGACGGUGCCGUGGGCUGUAUUCCCCUGUGCAGCAUGGACAUCCGCCUGCCCAGCCCUGACUGCCCCAUGCCCCGCCGCGUCAAAGUGCCUGAGAAGUGCUGCGAGGAGUGGGUGUGCGAUGCCCCCCAAAACACAAACAGCUUUGUGGGCUCUGCUCUCGCUGCUUACAGAGAGGAGGAGACCUACGGGCCUGACCCCUCCAUGAUGAGGGAGAACUGCCUGGUCCAGACCACUGAGUGGAGCGCCUGCUCUAAGACCUGCGGCCUGGGCAUCUCUACCAAAGUAACCAACGACAACCGCGAGUGCCGCCUGGAGAAACAGUCCCGUCUGUGCAUGGUCAGACCCUGCGAGUCCCACAUGGAGCAGAGCAUUAGGAAGGGAAAGAAAUGCAUCCGCACACCAAGAGUGUCCAAGCCCAUGAAGUUUGAGAUCUCUGGCUGCACCACCACCAAGUCCUACCGACCCAAGUUCUGCGGAGUGUGCACCGACGGUCGCUGCUGCACCCCCCACAGAACCACCACCCUGCCCAUGGAGUUCAAGUGCCCCGACGGCCAGGUCAUGAAGAAGCAGAUGAUGUUCAUCAAGACCUGCGCGUGCCACUACAACUGCCCCGGCGAGAAUGACAUCUUCGAGUCCAUGUACUACAAGAAGAUGCUGGGAGACAUGGCGUAAACAAUUAUGUCACCUAACAGCAAAAACAACCAAUGACUCUUAACUUGAAUCCAACAGAUAUCCAUCUCAUCUCGCAGCACAGCAUUUGUUUGUCUUUUGGGUUGUAAUUUUCAAAUUGUGUAUUUUGUACAAGGACAGAAACAUAUAUGUGUAUAUUCAAUGUAUAUGUAUGAGUGUAUUGAUGGAUGUUUAGGGCCACUUGCCCUAACGAAAGACAGGGGGCUGCUCUGCUGCCCGAAAUAGAAUACUUACUGCACUAUAGUUCUACUAUGUGACAACCUAUGUUGUUGUCACUAAUUGGCUGAUGCCAUGUUCCCCUCCCCCUAAACUUUGGCGGGCACCUAAUUAACUGGACUGUGUCUAACCUCUGAGCACUUGCAGUAACGAAGGGUGAAGACUUUCAACCCCAGUACGGAAACUUAAAUCCUUAACCCACCAGAGUACUAGUUGAACGUACCCUUGUGUAUAGCUCACUGUUUGCAGAUCCUAACUGUUGCAGUGCUAACGACAGGUCAUGGUUCAGCCCAUGCUGAAAAGCAGCCGUCCUCCCAGACAAGGAGCGUAGUGUGCAUGCUUUGAGGGUUUGCCACAGCACUGAGAAAAGAGGUAUUUGACUUUGACUGACUGAUUCAGGUUGCAAGGAAGGAAUCAGUUUUUUGUCAACAAAAAAAGAGACUGGAUGAUUUGUAGCUUCAUUCCUUUUUAUAUGUAUUAUUGAUGCUGUAAAUAUUGUACAUAUUAUUGUACAGUUUGAGUUAAUUUAAAGUUUUAAAAAGUUUGUUUUGUUUUUCUCUUCCUUCAAUAUGUUUAUUGAUAGCUUAUUUGCUGGGUUUGACAGUUUUGUGUACUAUUUUAUUGAGAAGUGUGACAAAAAAGUUACAUGUUUUCACUUUUGUAGUUUGGAAUAAAAUAUAUUUUUUAUAUAAA